AUGUUACUGACGAGGAGCAGCAUGUUCAACCUCGCAGAGAAAGUGCUGGUUUUCAGAAUUCUAACAUCAGAACAAUACCACCAAGCAAUCGAGAAUCGUCGCGAAGAAAUCGUGAUGCGCUUCCUAAGUGAGCGGGAGUCACUAAGUCCUGCUCCUCGCCAAUCAGCAAAUCCGAGCCCUGCCAAUGAUGAGAGAUAUCGUGAGAUGUCAAUGAUGCAGAUGGCACGCCACAUGUUCAAGUUUGACGAAGUGCGCAACGCCAUCCAGGACUUUGAUGAAGAAUUGUAUUACAAGAUUGCUACAUAA